AUGGUAGAGUUGUGCAUUCCAGGAAAGGCAACCUUAAAAUUAGAUGUAAGGGGUAGAUUAGCCUCAUCUGCUCUUAUCUCAGGAAUUCGAGCUAGGAAGAUGUUGAGUAAGGGAGGUCAAGGAUAUUUGAUUUUUCUUAUAAAUACCCCUAGUGAUAAAGUGAGAUUGGAAGAUAUGCCAGUAGUAAAAGAGUAUCCAGAUAUGUUUCCUGAGGAACUAGAGUCUUUACCUCCAGAAAGGGAAAUAACUUUUAAAAUUGAUGUGACUUCGGGGGUAGCACCUAUCUCCAAGACGCUGUAUAGAAUGGCUCCAGCUAAAUUGAAAGAGUUGAAGUUGCAAUUGCAAGAUUUACUAGAGCGAGAUUUUAUUAAGGAGAGUGAUUCAUCGUGGGGAGUUCCGAUCUUAAUUUUUAAGUCUUAUCUAGAUCAGUUUGUAGUAAUAUUCAUCGAUGAUAUACUGGUGUACUCUAAGAUCUUGGAGAAUCAUGAGAAAUAUUUGAGAAUUAUUUUACAAAUGUUAAGAGAACAUUAG